AUGGACUCUCAGGGGUAUUUUCAACAGGGUCAACCACAGGGCCAGAGUCCCCAGCAGCCAGACGAUGGCCUUGCUGCCCAGAUGGGAGGCAUGUCGCUCGGGGGAGAGCCUCAUCAUGCCAGGAGGAAGAAGAAGGACAGGCACGCCUACCACACCGUCGAGGCUACAGGCUCGUCUCAGGCCUUCAACGGCCUCCCUCCACCAGGCACGCCCGCCACAGCCUUCUUGAAUGCCGAUCCCUCAGGAACUACCGGAUUCGUGGGGCAACCUGCCAUGUUCAACCCACAGCAGCAGCAGUUCGGUCAGGCCAGUCCUCAAUUUGGCCAGCCAAACCCCGGCUUCCCUGCACCGGUGAACCCUCAAUUCAUCCCUGGCAGCACUGCUUCUCCGGCCGAGUUUGCGGCCAGGAAUGGAGCCGCUCCUGAGCCGUCUCCCACUUUCGUGCCAGCGAACAAGGUCUCUCCUGAUGAGGUGCCCAGUGUGCCCGUCUCUAGGGACUCUGUGCAACAAUACUACCUAAACAACGUCUAUCCCACAUUUGAACGCCAUGUCCCUCCACCGGCUACCGUCUCCUUCGUUGCCUUUGACCAGGGCAACUCAUCACCAAAAUUCACCCGCCUCACCAUCAACAACAUCCCAGCCACAUCCGAGGCUCUUCACAGUACCGGCCUUCCCCUUGGACUCAUUGUUCAACCACUAGCGUCUCUGCAGCCUGGAGAGCUUGAGAUUCCCGUGCUCGACUUUGGCGAGCAGGGCCCACCGCGAUGCCGGCGGUGCCGAGCUUACAUCAAUCCCUUCAUGAUGUUCCGCUCGGGUGGAAAUAAGUUCGUUUGCAAUCUCUGCACCUAUCCCAACGACACGCCAGCAGAGUACUUCUGUGCUACAUCCCCUCAAGGCGUUCGUGUCGAUCGAGAUCAACGGCCAGAGCUUUCCAGGGGAACAGUUGAGUUCCUCGUUCCGAAGGAGUACUGGACUAAAGAGCCGGUAGGUCUGCGCUGGCUCUUCUUAAUAGACGUCACGCAGGAAUCUUUCAACAAGGGCUUCUUAGAAGCGUUCUGUGAAGGCAUCUUGUCAUCACUGUAUGGAGCUGAUGAGAAUGACGAGAGGGACGAGAAUGGCGAGAUCAAGCCGAGGAUACCUCCCAAUGCUAGGGUUGGCUUCGUGACUUUCGACAAAGAGGUUCACUUCUACAAUGUUAGCUCAACACUCGAGCAGGCCCAGAUGAUGAUAAUGCCAGACGUGGAGGAUCCAUUCGUCCCCCUGAGCGAAGGGCUUUUCGUAGAUCCUUACGAGUCCAAGGCAGUCAUUACUUCGCUCCUUACCCGACUACCACAGAUGUUUUCCAGCAUAAAGAACCCCGAGCCUGCCCUUUUGUCAACUCUCAACUCAGCCGUCUCCGCCUUGGAAAAGACCGGAGGUAAAAUUGUGUGCUCGGUAUCUGCCCUGCCGACAUGGGGUCCAGGUCGUUUGUUCAUGCGUGAUGAUGGCAAGCACCCAGGUGGCGAGAUUGACAAGAAGCUAUAUACAACCGAACAUCCAGCUUGGAAGAAGCUUGCUGAAAGGAUGGCAUCGGCAGGUAUUGGUGUAGAUUUCUUUAUGGCAGCGCCAAAUGGUGGCUACCUAGAUAUUGCCACGGUUGGCCAUGUCUCUGCUGUCACCGGCGGAGAGACUUUCUACUAUCCCAACUUCAUCGGAGGCAGGGAUAACGCAAAGCUGUCAAUUGAGAUCAAGCAUGCAGUCACAAGGGAAACUGGAUACCAGGCUCUUAUGAAGGUCCGAUGCUCAAACGGCUUGCAGGUUUCCGCAUAUCACGGCAAUUUCAUCCAGCACACGUUCGGUGCCGACCUCGAGAUAGGGGUCAUAGAUGCCGACAAGGCAAUCGGCGUUACUUUCAGCUACGAUGGCAAGCUGGACUCGAAACUCGACGCUCACUUCCAAUCUGCGUUGCUCUACACAACAGCAAACGGAGAGCGCAGAGUCCGAUGCUCGAAUGUGGUAGCCAGUGUGAGCGAUAAUGCGAAGGAAAGCAUGAAAUUCGUGGACCAGGACGCCGUGGUGUCAAUCAUCGCCAAGGAGGCCGCCAGUAAGCUGGCCAGCACCUCCAGCUCACUGAAGGAAAUUCGGCAAAAUAUUACAGAAAAGACAAUCGAUGUCAUUGCGGGAUAUCGCAAGAACUACGUGUCACAAAACUACCCGCCUGGGCAAUUGGUUAUGCCAGAGAAGCUCAAAGAGUUCUGUAUGUACAUGCUGGGCCUCAUCAAGUCAAGGGCAUUCAAGGGCGGCAGCGAAACUUCGGAUCGACGUGUCCAUGAGAUGAGGAUGAUUCGCUCAAUAGGUGCCUUAGAGCUCAGUCUGUAUCUCUACCCGCGAAUGAUUCCGAUUCACAAUCUUCAGCCAGAAGAUGGCUUCCCCGAUGAGAAUGGAUAUUUGAAGGUGCCUCCCUCAGUCCGGGCAUCAUUUGGCAGAGUGGAGGUUGGCGGUGUUUACUUGGUCGACAAUGGACAAAUCUGCUUGCUAUGGUUUCACGCACAAACGUCACCCGAACUCAUCAGCGAUCUAUUUGGGGACGACAAGACAUCCCUCCAAAGCCUGGAUGCCUACACCUCCUCGAUACCGGUUCUGCAAACCCAUCUGAACGCCCAAGUGCGGAAUAUCGUUGAGUUCUUGAAGACCACGCGCGGCUCGAAGGGUCUUACGAUUCAGCUCGCACGACAGGGUAUCGACGGUGCCGAGUAUGAGUUCGCGAGGAUGUUGGUGGAGGACCGGAACAAUGAGGCUCAGAGUUAUGUGGAUUGGCUUGUGCAUAUCCACAAGGGCGUGCAGCUCGAGGUAAGCUGA